GCUAGGAUACACUUGGUUGAUGUCACACAAAAAUUUUUACUGACUGUAUUUUUUAUAUUAGCCCUUUCUCACUCAUAAUUUUAUAUUAUGCCUAAAGUAGUAAAAGAUCCACACGAAGGAAUUAAAUAUCACAAUGUACGGAAAUCCCGAUGGGGUGAACCGGGGUGCUAUCAGUUACAUAGACCUUCAGACUGCCGCCUCAAGCUGCCGGCCACCAAGCGCCCCAUCCACAAGUGCGAGCUGCCGAAGCACGAGUACACCAUGGUGCCGCAGAUCGGGGGGUGGCGAAGCCUCCUCGUCCCGAAGACCACUCCCAACGUUUACCCGGCGGUCAUGCACAAAUCGGAAUUCGAACGGCUGAAGAAACAGGCUAAAAUCGUGAGCCAGGAGGAGCAACUGCAGGCGAUGCAUGCGCAAGAGGCAGCAGUUCAGAAGGCCGCCAAGGAGUCAGAGCGGCGGAAGCGCAUGCUCAAGGAGAAGUUGCAGCCGCAGCCGGGCGCCGAGACCGCCACCGGCACCGCCGACCCCGAGCUGGAGGGGCCGGACCAGGCUGCUCACACCAUGUCAAGAUCUGAGAUGCUCCGCGCGGACAACAUGCAAGGUCCUCGCUUGUGCAAUCGCAUCAUCCUUGCGUCCAAGUGCCACGCCAUACGCGACGCUCAGAUCGCAGAGAAGGAGCUCAUCAAGAAGGAACUGGACGAGGAACAGCGACGGCUGGACGCCAUCAUGGAAGAGAACCGCCACGCGGCGGUGGCACGCGCCGAGGCGGAGGAGGAGCGCCGUCACCAACUCCGCCUGCAGAAUCUGGCCGCGCUCAAGGAACAGAUCACCGCGCACGAGACUGCUAAGAUCAUGGAGGCUGAGCGCAUCGAAGAGGAGAGCAUCCGCGUGAACCAGGCCAACAUCGCCAUGCAGAUCGACGAAGCUCAGAAGCUGAAGGAGAAGCACGCGCGCCAGGCCAAGCUCAAGGAGAUACUUGACCAGGGCAACGCGGAGCUGCUCUACUACAAGCAGCUACAGAUGGAAGAGGAUCGCAUCACUGACGCCCGCAUCGCGAGCUUCCUGCGGCGCCGCGCGGAGAGAGAGGCGCGCGCUAAACAACAGGCUGCUGCCUUACAAGCCGCUAAACAGAAGGGGAUCGACCACAUAGCCAGCGCACAGAAGGCAGAACAAGAGUUAAAGGAAGAGUUGGAGAGGAUACGCAACCUGAAGAUCCAGGAGGACGUCGAGAGAGAUUACCGGCGGAAAGAGCGAGACGCAGCUAUCAGGAGAAACAAGGAGAUAAAACAACUGCAUGAAGGGAGAGUACAGCAGAUAAACGACAUCCAUCGUCUGAUCGCGCGAGAGAUAGCCAAGGACGAGCAGAGCUUCAACAACGUUGCCCGCCAGAACGAGGAGUUCAUACAGAAGGAAAAAGCGUUGGAGGAAAAACGUAAGGCGCGCGUGGAGCGACAUCGCCAGGAGAUUAUGAAACAGAUCAAUGACAAGGAGCGCGCUAGGGCUGAGCUUCGCGAGAAGAUCCACAACGAGGGAGUGGCGCUGCGCAUGGAACAAGAGCAGCAGGACAAGUACGAGCGGAAGGUCAUCAAGGAGAAGGUGGCGGCGAUGAGACAACAGAAGGUCGCCGAGAAAUACGUCAAAGAAGUGGAACAGACUCUCGGCAAGAACGGAUACCAAUGACUGCCUUCAACAAUCU